ACGUGAUGCUGGGGGAUUACCGGGGGAACAAAGUCGCCGUGAAGUGCAUUAAAAAUGACGCCACAGCGCAAGCCUUUCUGGCCGAAGCGUCCGUCAUGACGUGAGUGUUACCUGGGCCGGGGGGGGAAGACACACGCAACAAGAGCGGCCUUUACAUCGUCACCGAGUACAUGGCCAAGGGCAGCCUAGUAGACUACCUGCGGUCGCGCGGGCGGUCGGUCCUCAGUGCAGACUGCCUGCUGAAGUUCUCCUUAGAUGUCUGUGAAGCCAUGGAGUACCUGGAAGCCAACAAUUUUGUCCACCGGGACCUGGCGGCGAGGAACGUCCUGGUCUCGGAGGACAACAUCGCCAAGGUCAGCGAUUUUGGGCUGACCAAGGAAGCCUCCUCCACGCAGGACACGGGGAAGCUAAGGAAGCUGCCGGUGAAGUGGACGGCGCCAGAAGCACUUAGAGAAAAGAAAUUCUCCACCAAGUCGGACGUGUGGAGCUUCGGGAUCCUCCUCUGGGAAAUCUACUCCUUCGGGCGAGUGCCUUAUCCGAGAAUC